UCUGUUCAAACCUCCGAGAGGGAAAAGAGACGGUCCCAGCACUCUGCGCUCCUCUCCGUCUCCGCACAUUGCCAGCGGGCUGAUCACUGUCUGCUGCUCCGCACCAACUCCUGGAAAAUAUCCUGCGGAGCCACGUAAACGCCGCUUGUUUCAUUAUAUAAGCAGGGAGAGAGAAAACUGCAGCAGAGUACCCAGUGCUGGUCCGAGAGAUGUCCUGCGUGCAGAAUAUGAGCACCUCAUCUCCCCGUCGAGUCCUGUAACCAAUGGCAACCUCAGUCCAGACUCUUCCUCUGACCCGUGGCCCCAACAAAAACUUCCGUAACCCGUUGCCCCUCUCGUCCCGUUGCGGCAUGGGAAGUGUAGGUAGUCUGGUGGAGAGGCCAGAUGUGUCACCGACUAAAGGCAGCCGUGCAGUGCCCCAGGUGAGACCCAAACAGACCAACGGCCUCCUGAAGAAAGGCUUCACCCAAAGAGAGCUACUCAACUACCUCAACAUCACCAGAAAAGAGCCUAAAGCAAGUGCAAGCAGUGAGGGUAAGAAGGACGUUAUCCCUUGCCUCAGCCCUGCCAGUGGCCGUGAGGAGGACAACUUAUACGCCAAGGUCUACCAUAAAGACGGCACAGAAGUAGAUUUGACAAAGAACUCACUGCCAAGUGGGGGCAAGUAUGAAAAGGCUCGUUUAAGGUCUGCCUUCAAGCCUGUCACCCCCAAAAAUUUCAGCUCCAUGCAAAACCUCUAUCCAUCAUCCAAGUCGGAGGACGUGGACCAUGGCCUCUCUAACGGGCUCCACAGAGCCUACGCCCAUGUCCCUAAAGCUGUCUCCACGUCGUCUUCGUCUUCGUCACCCUCACGUCAUGGAGGACCAACAGCCAGUGGAAACAAGGCCCUCUCUUCGGUGCGUGGGAUGAGCCAGGAGGAUGAUAACCUGUCAGACUCAGGCCAUAACUCCAUGAGCAGCCUGCCGCCAUACCGGCCUCCCUUCCGCCCACACCUGUCUCACAUCAGUGCAUCUAUGGGCCACAUCAACACCAUUGGCUCCCUAGAACGCACCUCUCUGGGCCAGAAGGCUGCAGGGCCAGGCGGUGUUGCCAUUGGGGAAAUGGCGUGUCGGAGCAUGGCAACCCUGAGCCGUUUGGCUCCAUAUGGAGGGGAGGCUCCACCUCCUUAUGAAUGGACACUCUCCCUGUCUGUUGAGGAAGUGGUCCGGGAUCUCGAGGAGCGACUGGUGGAGAAAGAGCACGAGCUGAAACAGAUGAGGAGAAACCUGGAUGAAAGUGAGGGCGCCAUCGCUCAGGUGUUUGAAGGGAAGCAGCGUCUGUGGGAGAAGGAGGUGGAGGAGCUGAAACGUCUGUAUGCCGCCAAGCUGCGUCAGGUUUCCCAGCAUGCACAGCGUUCCCAGCGCAGCCUGCAGUUGCAGCUGUUCAAGGCCCAGCAGGAGAAGAACCGACUGCAAGAGGAGCUCGAUAACCUGAAUAAGGAAAGGAGCCAGGAGGCUGGAGCCAUAACAAAGCGAACCAGUCCGACUCUGGAGGAGACACAGUGGGAGGUUUGCCAGAAGUCAGGAGAGAUCUCCCUGUUGAAGCAACAGCUGAGGGACUCCCAGGCAGAGGUGACCCAGAAGCUGAGUGAGAUCUUCCAGCUGAAGACGCAGCUCAGGGAGACCCGCACAGAUCUGCGCAACAGGGAGGGCCAGAUAGACGCACUGAAGCUAGUCCUGCAGGGGACACAGCGUCGCAGAUGCCCCUCUCAGACUGCACAUGAGGACUUAAAAGGAGGUGAAGAGAGUCCUUCAGCUGGGGCAACAGGAGGAUGCGGGGGCCCUACGGAGGAGCGUCUGCGCGCAGAGCUCCUGCUGGAGCGACGCCAGAGCGAGGCCCAGGCAAUGGCUUUCGAGGAGGAGAGGAAGACAUGGCAGACAGAAAAGGACAAGGUCAUCCGCUACCAGAAGGAGCUGCAGGCCAGCUACUUAGAAAUGUACCACCGCAAUGAGGCGCUGGAGAGGGAACUGUACCUGCUGCGGCUAAACAGAGAGCGAGGAGGAGCAGGAGCAGGAGGAGGUGGAGGAGGAGGAGGAGGAGGAGGAGGAGGGGGAGGAGGGAGCAGAGAUGGGACAUUGGAAAGAGAAGUGCCAGAGCUGAGGAGUGAGAGAGGGGGUGAAAAACAAGAGGACAGACCUUCCUCUGGUUUGCCGUGGAUAGAGAGAAUUGAAUCAUCUGAAAUUUGAAUGUGACGGACUGACUGGUAUUUGCAAUGCAAACUGUUUUCUCCCUGAAGUGUGCUUGCUAUGGAGGUCCAUGUCCGCCAGAAGAAGGGGAAAAAUAGACUUAACAAGUCAAAGUUAUGAGAUAAGGAAGAAUUUUUAACUCACUAAGGCAAAACUUUUAGACAUUAUCAGUACUUACCAGGUUAUUAAUUAUGAGUAAACUAUCACAUUUUUAAUUCACUUUGUCAAAAUGCUUUAUUUAACACAUUUUAAAUGAUGUGAUCCUCAAAUCUUUUGAUCUGCCGUGUAAAUAUGAUCAGAUACUAAGUCAGCAUGUUGACUCACUAAAGCUCACACUAUCCGUAAGACCGUUUUUCAGCUUUUACAAAGAGAUUUCUCACAUUUUUCCACAUCUCUCAGCAAAAAGCUUCUUCUUUCCCCAGUGUGGUGGCUGUGGUAAAGCUAUUUGAUGCUCCUGUUAGGGUUGUAAACUUCUGGUUGGUCAGUUGAUUGGUUGGUCCAUAUGCUCUUGUCCAACCAAAUUCUCAUUGGUCGGUCAAUCGCUGGUGUUAUUUAAUAAGGCUGUGUGUCCUCUAAAGUGUUGCUUUGCCCAGCUUGAAACAGCAGUUUUGUUGUUCAGCACUUGUAGAGGUCCUCUGCAACAGUUGGUUUUGGUGGUAUUUUUGGCCCACCCCUUCUCACGGCAUUAUUAUCAUUUCAUUCGGCUACCAGUGAGUUUGCUACAUUCCACAAGCUCAUUUAGCUCUCUCAGUCUAAUAUUUGUUAAAUGCCACAAUCAUAUAAACACAGGCAAAUUAGCCAUCACUAACAUACCCUUAAGUCUUUCAGCCCGAAUCGGCUACCCAGCAGUUACUGCUCUGCUGUGGGUGUGUGCUUUGUGCUAACGUUAGCUGCUAUUAGCUGCUGAACAAGAGGCUCUCUCACUCUUUGGUUCAGAGGGUGUGUGCUGUGCCACCAUAGACUGCGUGCUACUGGGUUAGCUGCUAACAAGAGUCUGUCGCUGCAGCCAAGCCUUUGUUCUUUGACUCAGGGUGUGUGUGUGUGUGCUUUGUGCUACUGGGUUAGCUGCUAAUGAGAGUUCUUCGCUUCGCAGCAACUCCAUCUUCGUUUCAGUUUCUUCAGCAGACACGCCCCCAGCAUCUUGGAGCAGAGAAUCAAAUUUGGCUGAGUGGUUAAUAACACGCUUUUCUAUUGUGUGGUAAACUCAUAACACAUUUAUUUUUGCUUUACCUUGACUUUACGUCAACACUGGGAUAGUACUACCUCAAAAGUCUGACACAUAUACAUAUCUCAUAUUUUUGACUUUGAAGAGUAUAUUGAUUUUUUACCAUGCAUAAUUUUCAUCUGUUUUCCUUCUCCUGGCCUCUCAUGGGCUUCCAUAGUUUCUUGUCUGUUUGCCAUUCUCUGCCCAUGCACCCUUGUUGAUUGUUUAAUGCCCUGAUCCUGCAAAGACUGGACCAAUAAUCUCCUACAGAACACACUAAUACUGAGGGUAGCUGCACAGAGACACUGUCUGUGUCUCGUCUGUCCUUUGGCAGAAGAGUGGUGACAACUCUGUAAAAAUACAGCCAAACACCUGAACUGUCCUGCUUAAGACUUCUAUCCAAUUAUAAACCUGUAAAUGAGCAAAUUAAUAUCCUGAUUGUUUAUAUUUUAUGUUCAUUUGAUAGAUAAUUUCUGGUUUGGACUGCUGUAUAGUCUUAGUCUCAUAGACAGUAACCAAAGGACUCAAAGGGAUUUGGUGUGGCCCAGGAACAUCUCAGCACCUGUUCAGUCUGUGCAGAAGGUUCUGUGGAUUCAGGGUUCACCUGGGUCUGUGAGGAGAGCUGCAUCUCUGGGUUAAGUAUUUGGGAUUAAACCAAUCUGGUGCCAAGGUACUAAUGCUAUGUCUUUGCCAUGGAGAAAACUGUGUACCAUACUUAAGAAACUGGAAAUGUUGGACCUUUAUCUCAUUGAGUUUCCAGCUCCUGUCAGGUGAGAUCUAUAUAUUUUGUACAUAAUGUAAUUUUGAUUUGAUCGGCCUUUUGUCAUUGUAUUUCAAGCACACUGUUGUCUUAAAUGGGCAUAUUGCCACAUGUUUUGAUUGCAGUGAAAGCGAUCGACACAUUCGGAUGUUAAACAUGACUGCCCUGCUUACCGGUGCGAUUUGUUGCGCAUACCCAGCCAAUGCCAUUAUAAAAUGCAUGACAUAGGUGAAGUUGCUCUCUUGUAUUGUUUAUUAUGAAUAUAUGAACAUCCAAAAGCCAGCUCUCAACCAACCCUUCAACAUACUGUGACUCUUGUCUAUUUACUGGAAUUAAACCUGUACAAUAUAGAUAUAUAUGUUUGGAUUCAUAAUAAACAUUUAUGAAGUGGUGAAAGAGCUUUGUAGAUGGUGCUUGUCCCGAUGGUAUUUUGGGGGGUAAAUCAAGGCUGCAAAAUGCUUUAUUAUAGGCCUUACUGUCCGACAUUGUUUGAAUUAAACGCACCAGAAAUCACUUGUCAAAAUGUUAGUGGCGUAACUGAUGGCAUUCACCCGAGGGCUCAGACGGCUGCCUGCUCCGAAGGGGCUUAAAAUCUCCACAGAGCGUGCCAAUAAAACCCAAGGACAGGAGCUUUAUGACAGAAUGAACAACAGAGCGGUGGAGGCUUUUGGGACUAAUGUGGCUUUUAGAGGUUGAGCCUUGAAUCCUUAUCUCAGCCUCUCCCUAAGGCCCUCCCUGCUCUACCCCAGCCAGUCCUCACAUACCAUCUCCUGCAGCACAGACGGCAGGGAGCUGGAGGGUCGGCUGAGAUGGAAACAUAGGAGGAUCCCUGUUUGCUCAAGAAAAUAAGCACCUCUAUGGAAACCAUCAAAUGUGCAAACUAGAACAGCGUGCCAAGGAUGUCUUGGCAAGGAUGAAAGCUUAACGUUUGACUCUGUUUUUUUUUUUCAAAUCCAUGUGUUAUGUUUAUGGUUUUGAAGAAGAGAAUAUCUAUAAAAUAGUGUGAAAAAUGAGAAAUUGCAGUCCAUAACGCAGGUUUAUUUUUUUAUCCAGGGUCAUAAUCUGAAUAGCUAUGAGCUGUGGCUGACUCACGAGGCCCUUACCUUGGCAUUUAAAGCAUUAUAUAAACUGGGGCUUAAUAUAACUGCACAGCUCAGGAGUGGUUUGCUGAAGUGGGAUGAGAAAGGAUUCUUACCUCAUGUUAUCACUCUGUGGGAGGGUUGCAGUGCUGAAUGCCAUCAGUGCUGUUCGUCUGAUGAAUUCAAAUGAUUAUUUGAAAUCAGAAUUUAGAAAGGAAAAAUGGUUCCUUGUUGAAACUCAUUUUCAUUAAAACCUCCAGCUUGUGAUCUAAUGCACUUCAGGGCUAUUUAGUCAGUUCAAUACAGCAAUAGCACCACCAAGUGGUGCUGAAAGGAGGCUGAGCAGAUAUAAAACCAUGAAGAUAAAUCAGUUAUUCGGGGCUCCCACAGACAUGGAAACCCUGGACAAUUUAAUUUUCAAGGCCCAGAAAAGUCAUACACUCAGUAAAAUCCUUGAAAGUUUAUGAAAAGUCAUCGUAUUUUGUUGUGUGUAAUUGAAGUGUUACAGUCAUGUCUGUGGAUAACCUUCCACAUAUUGUAACCUAAAGGUCCACUGUGUAAGAUUUAAGUGGAUUUAGUGGCAUAUGCUGCUGGUGAGGAUAACACAUUGCAACCAGCUGAAACUUCUCCCAGUCUGAAUUCCUUCAGUGUUCAAUGUUUGGCAGCCAGGUUUUUACCAGGAGCCGAAUUAUCCACAAGGGUCUCUUCCUCUCCAAAAGAAAUGGACCAGGUGAUUUAGACCAGUAAAAAACACUGAAUACAAUCGAGUGUUUGUCUGAUGCUGCUCGUCAUGGAGGAGCUGUUAUCUAAAGAAGCUGACGUGAAAAUGUGAAUGUCCCUAUUUAGAGCCAGUGUUUCAUUUGUCCGUUCUGGGCUUCGUCUGGGCAAUCUCCAUAGAUGAGAACGUGCUCCCUAUUGUAGAUAUAAACGGCUCAUUCUAAGUUACUGAAAACACAAUGAUUCUUAUUUUCAGGUGGUUAUCUAAUAACAAAAACGUACUUAUUAUAUUCCAUUUCGCCAGUAUAUCCCCCAAAAUCCUACACAAUGGACCUUUGAUUUAUUUUCUGUAGAUGGUAAAGAAACAUGGCUCUAAUAUGUGUUGAUGUGUCACCUUUACCAUCAUGUACACUUCAUUUUUUACCCACAUUCUCCAUCUCUCCCUCAUUGUAUGCAACCUUGGUGAAUGAAUAACACCAGGCAAGUGGGGCGAGAAUGUUUCCAUAUCUAUGCACCACUGCUACUUUUAAAUUGUACUGCAUUUUUGAGAUGGGGCCUUGAUAUGGGCAGCACAGGGCAUUCAGCUGCCACUCUGAGCACCAUGUGUACAUUGGUUUCAUUUUAACUAGUCUGAAAGUAGAGCGUAAUAGUUUAAGGCAGUGGUUCCCAACUGGUCCAACCACAGGGUCCAGAUUUCCCCUUUGUCAUUAGUUUAAGGUCCACACAGUUUAAUACACACAGCGUCACACUUUGGUAAGGUCGUUGAGCAAGUUUGCUGUCUCUGUCCAGUAGUCGUCAGUUAGUCACUCAUUCUACAGCAGGAGAAGGCACUUCAAAAUAAAAGUUAAGGGCCAGAAAUUCACUGUAACUAAAAAUAAAGUGUGUUUUUUACAACUUGACAUAUGAGUGAGUCACUUGCGAUCCAUUCCGAAUGGACCGCAACCCACUUUUGGACGCCGACCCACCAGUUGGGAACUGCUGGUUUAAGGUUAAUAAUAUAGUUAAUAUUUGGAGUAAAGUAUACUACACGGCUCUGUUCUUGUUAU